CUGUGGUGGAAGACUAGGAGCUAGCUGCUUGUUUUUGUUAAGUCCUAGUAACAAAGUCUUCUAGUAAAGAAGAUGCAAACUCUGCAUAGCAGUCAAUCUGCCAGACCUUUUAAACUGAGAAAGAGUUUUGCAACUAGGCUGGAAGAAGUAGCUGGAAUUCGAGCAAAGUUCCCAACAAAAGUCCCGGUAAUUGUUGAACGGUAUCAGAAAGAAAAAUAUCUUCCUCUGCUGGACAAAACAAAAUUUCUUGUUCCUCAAGAGCUGACCAUGACACAGUUUAUAACUAUCAUUAGAAGCAGAAUGGCCCUAAAUGCUACACAAGCUUUCUACCUGCUGGUGAACAACAAGAGUCUGGCCAGUAUGACUCUGACGCUGGCUGAAGUAUACAGAGACUACAAAGAUGAAGAUGGCUUUGUAUACAUGACCUAUGCUUCCCAGGAGAUGUUUGGAUGUUUCGUGCCCCCUCCGCAAGGGAACGUUAUGGAAUGCCUUCUAAGAACAUAAGGGCAUGUCUUGCUGCUAGGCAGCUGAUGAUGCUACUGACUUGAAGAUCAGAAGUGAUCUUUUUAGUAUGGGCUCUUAAAACACUGUACUGUGGACUUGUGGCCCAGAAGUUGGCAGGACCAACUAAAGCAGAAGUGGUGGUGCUCUGUGCCUCGAUUUAAAAAACUUUGGAGAUAAAAUAUAUAUAUUUUAUAUGUGGAAAAGACACUAGUUGGGUUUUUUGAACUGCACCUUGAGAAUUUUUUUUUGUAAUGUUAACACUUAAGUUAUAACUGCUUUUUAAGGGACUUCUAAAGUCGGAGCUUAAUAGUCAAAUAAAGAUACUUUUAAGACUAGGCUGAAUGCCAAUAUUGGUCUGGGGGGAAGCAGAUAAAAAAAAUCUCUUAGGGGGGGGAAAGGCUUGGAAUUUAUCUGAUAUCAUUUUAAAGAGGUGACUUGGAAGGAUGUAAAGAACAUGGGCACAUAGCAUUAAGAGAGUAUUACUUUAUGCUGCAUGUCCAUACCUGAGCC